UCGCUCUGAACGGAAGAUAAGUUUGAUGAUCUGGAGAUGUAUUUGUUGUGAUGGUGUUGGAACUCUGACUGCAGUUGAAGGCAACAUCAACUCUGCCAAGUACCAGACAACUACUGGCCAUACAUGUACGUUCUUGACUGAAGGAAAAGAAUACUUGUUCAUGGAUGAAAAUGCGCCUGUUCACAGAACUCACACUGUAGAAAAUUAUAAAGAUCUAAACGUAGUAAACUCAAUGGAAUGGUCAGCACAAUCACCAGAGUUAAAUAUAAUGGAAAAUAUCUGGCUCUACAUGAAGUGAGAGCUACAAGAGUCCGCAGUAGAUAUCGCUACCAAAAAUGAUCUUCUGCGUGAAAUCCAGAGCGUGUGGCGGAACAUCGAAUUGGAUUAUAUAAGAAACCUUUACUAGUCCAUGCCUGACCGCCUAGACAAUGUAAUUAAAAUAAAGGGUCAUCUCACUAAAUAUUAAAGUGAUUUUAAAGUUAGAUUUGCCGAAAACGGUAUUAAAACUAGCGCUCGACUGGUAGCUGGUAGCUAUUAGUAAAAUCCAACUAGUGGUCUAUUAUCAAUGCUGCGUUCUGAUUGGUUGAGCUAGUAGCGAAAAGCGCCGGAUUUUUGGCGGCAAAAAAGGAUUAAAGGAGCUGUGUCACGAAAUUCAGCCAAGUUAGGUAAUUACAAAAUGCCCGUUAAAUUGAGAGAAACGUAAAAAUAACCGCUUAAAACAUUAAAGGAAGGUUAAAAUAACACAACAGAUGCCACGGAUGGGCAAAACUGAAGAAGAUUGAAACGGAUUGAAAUUAGGGUUUUUGAAAACUGUUCAGCCUAACAGUUUUUCAAAGUUGAUCUCUACUGUUUGCAACUUCAAAAAUAAUGCUCAGGAGACAUAUUUGUUUGCUUCGAAUCACUGAUUUUGUCAUUUCCUUGUCAUUUCCUUGCUUACUUUAAGUUCCAUACCGAUUGAGGGCGAGUAAUUGGCAAAAUUAAACGAACUGGACUGCCACUGUGACACAGCCCCUUUAAAGUCUUGCUUUGAGUUUUGUUGUCUCGAUAUUUUUGACCAACUAGUUGGAUUUUACUAAUUAACAAUUGUUCCUCGAGCCCGAAUGGGCUAUGAGUCAAUAGCCCAUGAGGCCGAAGCGCAAUCUCUCUCCAAGCAGCGGCACUGAAGAAUGGCCGUUUGGCCUGAGUGAACUCGAGAAAAUAGCGGAAGAGUUCACGGCCAUCCGAAGGUGAAUUUACCGAAUUACUAGCUAAAACUGAGCGAAACAAAUGCAAAAAUACGCGAAACGUUGCUCAAUGGUUUGUCAUCUAUUGCUUCAGGAGUACAGUCUCACAACUCGCUCGUGAGAUAUCGAGUUGAACACUCGAAGAUAAAUUUCAUAUCUCUGUGCGCUCAUGUAAUAAUAAUUGCUUUAUUAUUCCUUCAAAAUAAUUCCAAGUUUAAAAACAAGCUAAAACAUGCUAACCUUGGUCGAUGUAAGUUCAUAUCAGUAAUGCAUCUUUAUCGAUCGGUUUAGGAGAUAAAGGUCUGUUCAGGUCUGCAAAUAGGCUCCAAAUAACAGAUGUCGUGGUCACGUAUGGGGACAUGUAUUGUACCGACUUAACCUAUUCCACUUGAAUCCGUUGUCUCAUUGUUGAUUGUUUACUGUUUCCGCCUUUUUAGACCUUACUCUUAUUAGUCUUAUUACUUUGUUUUGUAACUUACUCUCAUUACUGUGUUACCAUGUUGCCUUGUCCGUCUUCGUGCUGUUCUUGCUAUGAUUUUAGACAACAUUUCGCCGUGAAACGAGUAAAAUGUUCCGCCGACUGUUCAGCCAUUUUUGUUGUCACUACUAAAUCAACUGAACCUCAUCCCCAAGUUUUCUCGGUUAACGGUUCAAUAACCUGCAACCAGGCUGCACUUUUGACGUCAUUUGACGUCAUCGGUUCCAAAAUGACAAAGUUCUUGCCACAUUUGGUCAACAGUAGCUGGUUAUUUAACAGUUAAAGAAUAAGGCUGAGUAUCUUAUGAAGAAUUAUGGAGAUCGUCUUACUCUUGAAACGAGAGGUGUCGGCCAUUUUUGUUUUCACAACCAAAACAACUCAACCUCGUCCCCAGGUCCUCUCGGUUAAUGGUUCAUUAACCUGUAGAAGGCUGCAUUUUUGACGUCAUUUCCUCGUUAAACACAAAAUUCUUCCAAAUUUGGUCAUCAGUAACUGGUUAUGGUGAAUUGAACGUGUGCUUUUAGCCAAUCAGAAUCGGGGAAAUAUUUUGAAUGAAUGAUAAGGUGAAUUAUGCCUGUGGUUUUAACCAAUCAGAAACGGAGAACUAUUUUGAAUGAAUAAUAAUCUGUAUUACUAAAUUCGUGUUUGGUGUGAUUUCAAGAAUUACCGGUAUGCAAAUCUCGGAGGCUGUUACCCACCUUAGCGGAUAACACUUUCCUCGAUCUGCAUACAUUCUUCCUAUUCUACUCACUCUCAUUCAAUAAUUCGGGAGCUUAAACAACGACGACGGCGAGGACAACGAGAAUGGCACAAAAGCAAUAGGUUUGGAUUAGCAAAUCAACAACUUUGUACGUGCAUCACGCUUUUUUAUAUAUUUCUUGCUGUCACUGCACGACUACGACGCGAAAAUACCUAACUUCACUUCUUGAAGAGGACGUGAAUAGAAGACAAAGACUUUCUUUUUCUUUUCCUGUACUUUGACACAGUCCUUUAGAAUUCAACUCCAGAACAAUUUGCCAACAUUGCAAAUUGCAAAUUGAACGAGAUGGAAUAAGCCCUUGAAAGUUCGAGGCAGCGCGAAUUCACUUUUUAAGUGACGUUUUCGCGGCUCUUGUCAAUCAUGCAGUGGUAUUAAACACUCACUUAAUUCACAUGUAACAUUAUGUCAACAAAGUUCAUUUUGAUAAUUUUCAAGGUGGAUGGCGUGCUCUUCUUUCACAAGAGAACACAUUACAUCUGUGGACGAACACCGCUGGUUGGUUGGCUACAGCCUUACAUGCUGCCUGAGAUACUAGGGGUGCCCGUACCGGAUGUCUAUUUAGCAGGGGUCCCUCCUAUCAACAAACUUACACUGCUAAAAUCAAACAAGGACUUACGGGCCGGCGAUGAAGGAAAACAGACAAUAUCGCAGUUAAGUGCCGUGGAUGAGAAAAUGGACACAGUAUCAAACAAUAAAUCAAAACGAAGACAAAGGAGAAGGAAACAAGAAAACGGGAGUUCCAAAAUGGAAGUGCAGGGUAAAUUGGAGUAGAAGAAUAUCAAAAGGCGAACACAGGUAAGAAGAUGGAUUAGAAAAAAUUCUCUUCAGAGCUUUGGAACAUUCAGGACAUAUUAUGGAGUGUUACCAUGAGAUACUGACCUAGGAAAAAGUGAUACAAGUGAUACGUAUUGUCACGAAGAAGUGAACAGUCGUGCAAAUCAAAGUUUUUUAAUGCGCAUUGAAAAUAUAAUAUAAAGCAAGGCUUCCUUCGACUGAACGCAGAUGAAGUUUGAAAUAAGGUUGAAACAAGUGUGGCCCAAGUUCUAUGCCAAGCAGCACUAAGUAAUUUUAAAGUAUAAGCCUAUGGGGAAAACAAGCUAAUAACA